UAAUAUCUUUUCCAUCAUUUUCAGUUUCAAGUCAUUUUAUGAAACGGCAAUGGCAGCUCAGCUGGCAUUGAAAUCAGUUCUUCUUUUCAAACUUGCAGGCAGAAACACAAGUUAUGGCGGCACUGUGUCAAAUUACUGCUAUAGUUUCUACAACAAAGCAAUUGUGACAACGACGACAAGAAAGCCAGAAUUUCAACAGGGACAAUUGCGGUGCUUUACUACUAGCAAUGAACAAGGAAAGAGAUAUUUGGAAUUAUCAGAUGAGGAACUAAUGAGACAGUGCGAGAUGGACACUUUCAAGGCCUCAGGCCCUGGCGGUCAGCACCGGAACAAGCGCGAGUCUGCCGUCCGUAUUAAGCACCUCCCUACCGGUGUUAUUUCUCAGGCAGUUGAGGACCGUUCACAGCACAAGAAUCGUGCUUCAGCCUUAAGGCGCCUGCGCACUCAUUUAGCUCUCAAAGUCAGGAACAAUGUGGAUCUCAAUUCGUAUUUGCCUCCUCCUGAGCUUCUUCAAAUUCUUCCUCUUAAGUCAACUAUUAGAGGUCCAGAAUGCGGUCCACAAAUUGGACCUAAUAAUCCUAAAUUUGUUUUGGGGAUGCAAGCUCUUCUGGAUCUAAUCUUUGCUGUUGAGGGUUCUGUAUCAGAAGCAGCAAAAUUGCUUGGGUUAAGCACAGGGGCACUAUCGAGGUUGCUACUAUCGGAUGACUCUCUUCGCAUGGCUGUGAAUGAUUUGAGGACUUCCAAGGCAGAAAAGAAUCAUUAUCAUGAGCUUUUUGCAGGGUUUGAAGCCUCUGAAGUAGGAUGAUGGAAUUUCAGAGGGCUGAAUAUUGAUUUAGAGUCAUUGUGAACCAGGGAGACAUGUUUUGGCAGCUAAUUUAUUCGGAUUUGAACUGCAACCUCUGAAGCAUCUGAAGGUGAGGACAGUUUACUGAAGAGCAGUCUUUAAAAAUGUGAAUUAAUGAGCUAUUUAGCAUUAUAUUGACAUGUAUAGUCUGUAUAUGCCUUAACGUAUAUUAUUUGGUACAAUCUAAAAUGAAAAACAAAGAAUAGGACUUAGAAAACAAAUCUGGUUGGCCUGUAAAGAGCACUUUACUAUGAUAAAAAGCCUGAUUGGGCACUAAAAUGCUAGAGUCCCAAUAUUUAAUUUAGAUAUAACUCAUUUCCAUACUA